CUGUAAAACCUGUGAACUACUCGUGGUAUGCCGGAAAAUGUUCGUCAAAAUGUCUUUUCAACUUCAACUUUUUAAAAGAUUCCUACAUAGUUGAUGAAAGUUCAAAGCGGACAACACGGAAUUUCGAGUGUGUGGGCUCCAUUCUCCAGUAUCCCAUGUCCUGUCUCCAUCAUUCACUCGAAUCUCUCUCCUCCUCACAUUUUUUCCACUACUUUGCUUUAUAACGCUCUUUUAAUCAUUUGCUCUUGCCUUACCAUUACCUUUCAUUCUUUCGUCCCCUGCGUCUCUCUCUGUUUUACAUUUUCUCUGCUUUUAUCAGGCAGUUUCCCCUUUUUUCCAGUUUCUCUUCAAUGGCAACGCCCAAUGAGACUACCAAUGCCUUUGAGGAGGUUGUGCCGCCAUCUGCAUCAUCUUCAAAACCAGGGAAAAGGGUGCCCUGCGAUGUAUUCAUUAACCACCGCGGACCAGACACCAAGCACACAUUGGCUACCUCUCUCUACCAUGCCCUGAAAUCCAUGGGACUUGAAGUCUUUUUAGAUCAACCGGAGCUUGAACUGGGCGAUUUCAUACCAUCUGAAAUACAAGAUGCCAUGACUACUUCUUUCCUUCAUAUUGCCAUACUUUCACCCAAAUAUGCAGACUCUCCUUGGUGUUUGGCCGAAUUAUCGUUUAUGCUGAAAUCAGGCAACACCAUCAUUCCUGUCUUCUACGAAGUUGAUCCCGGUGCUAUCCGCUGGACUGCCCAAGAAAAAGGAGUCUACACUGAUGCAUUCGCCAAACAUAAAGAAAACGGCAGAUACAGUGCAGAAAAACUAGAGAAUUGGAAAGUGGCGCUGCAAAACGUUACAUAUCUUACUGGUUACAUUGUGAAGGAUAAUGAUGAUGAAGGGAAAGAGAAAUUGUUGAAGGCUAUUAAAGAUUACAUACAUAAGCACUCUCAAAAGAUCCCAUUGGUGGUGGCCAAUUUUCCUGUGGGUCUUGAUGAAAUAUUACAAGACUUUGAAAGAAAUGCAUUUGACUCUUCUGAAAAUAUAAAAAUUGUAGGGAUUGUUGGUAUGGGUGGGUGUGGUAAAACUACACUAGCAAAAGAAUACUACAAUAAGACAAGAUUAUCCAUUUAUAAGUGUAGCUUUAUUCACAAUGUGCGGGAUGGAUCUAAAAGAGACCUGUAUAACAAGCAAAAAAAGAUGCUGCAAGAUCUUGGUUUCAAUGAUGCUGGAAAAGUUGAUAAUGUAGAAAUUGGAAAAGCAAUUUUAGCAAAGCGUUUGAAAUCUAUUCAAGUGUUUAUUAUUUUGGAUGAUGUAGAGCAUCAAGAUCAGUUGGAGUCUCUAUUGCCAGUAAAAGAUAGUCUUGGACAGGGUAGUGUGAUUAUUGUCACAAGUCGAGAAUCUGGAGUUCUUACAUCAUGGGGAAUCUCCUCCAUUUAUAAGAUGAAAGAAUUAAAUCGCGAACAUGCCAUGAAACUUUUUUGUUGGUAUGCUUUCCGACAACCCUAUCCAAUAAAUGGAUUUGAAAAUCUUGUUCAAAAUUUUUUAAAAGUCUGCAAGGGAUUGCCCUUAUCCCUCAAAGUAUUAGGAGGACUAGUUCAUGGAAUGUCCGAGGAUUAUUGGAAUUCUCAAUUAAACAAGGUCUCCAGAAUAUUGCCUGAAGACAUUAAAAGCAUAUUAAAAGUGAGCUUUGAUGCACUAGAUAAGGAAGAAAAAGAUGUAUUUUUAGAUAUAUCUUGUUUCUUUAUAGGAAUAGAAGAACAGUCGGCCGUCACUGUAUGGGAUGGGUCCGGAUGGAGUGGGCAGCAUAGUUUGGUAAGACUUAAGAAUAAGUGUCUGGUUGAGCUUGAUGAGUGGAAUUGCAUAACAAUGCAUGAUCAUCUGAGGGAUAUGGGGAAAGAAAUUGCAUUGGAAAGAGAAAUCGAUAAAUCUCCCUACCGUCUUUGGUCACCGGAGCAAAUUCGCGACAUUGAAAUAGAGGGGCAGGACGGCGUGCUAAAUCGGGGGAUUAGGGGGAUUCGAGCGGAAACAGAUGAGUUUUACGAAGAAUGUAUGAAUCUUGUGGAGGUUGCGACAGGAUCAGGUAAAAGGUUUAAGCGGCAAUUAGAAAUCCUGUUUGUCCAUAACAACUAUUUUACAGGAGAGCUAGCUACACUAUCAGCAGGCCUUGUCUGGCUGCGAUGGGUCAACUUUCCGCACUCAGCUCUUCAGUUAUGGCUUCCUUUGAAGAAGUUAAGAAUUUUAGAGCUUGAGAAUGCUGAAAAGUUAGAAGAACUGUGGAGCGAGACUGCCGAUCCUCCUGUGCAGUUGAGAGAGCUGAUUAUCUCUGAUGCCAAAAGAUUCCAGAGAUUUCCGAGCUCAAUAGGACGUCUACUGCAUUUGAAAAAGAUAUCCUUGGGCUGGAUAAGGGAAAUCGUAGGUCUGCCAGAAGAGUUUUGUCAACUCCAAUCGCUGGAGCACCUUGAUAUAUGCGGAUGUCAUAAGCUACAGUUGCUGCCUAGCAGGUUCGGCGAUUUGAAAAACCUGCGGCAUCUAGAUUUGAGAGGCGCUGGGUUGAUGAUGUUGCCAGCUUCAUUUAGGCAACUCAUAAAUCUGCAAUAUAUUUGUUUACUUUUUUGCCUCGAGCUCACCUUGCAUCCGGACAUUCUUGAAAAUAUGACAAAGCUUGAAGCUAUGCUUGUUUCUGGAUGUGAAUUACAGGAAUUGCCUGCUCAAAUCAUAAAUCAGCAAUCGCUCAAAACGCUGAAUGUGGGCUCCAGAAGCUUGAUGGAAUUACCAAAUGGCAUUGGUCACCUGAGCAAAUUGGAAGCGCUGACAAUCGGAAGCAGUUCGUUGAAAUCUUUGCCACCUUCUAUUGGGAAUUUGUCCUCCUUGAUUCGUCUUGAAAUUUGUUCUGAGAAGUUGGAAUCCUUACCAGAAACACUUACGCAGCUUACCAGCCUUCACAGUUUGCAUAUUCGGGGCUGCCCCCUAAGAGAAUUGGAUAUCUUGUCCGGGUGCUCUUCUUCUUCCUUGUACAGCCUCAAAUUUCUAAAUGUAGAAGAGUCUCUUGUGUCGAGGAUAUCAAUCUCUGAACAAUGUUGCCCCAGCCUGGAGUCUCUAUCACUUAGGGACAAUCGCCACUUGGUAGAGAUAGAUAGCUUGCCGACAUCAGUGAAGACCAUAGAGUUGAUAACUUGUGAAAAGCUAAAAAGCAUAAGCAGUGUCUCUAGUCUGGUAAACCUUGAGAAGCUGGUUUUAAGAAAGUGUGGGGAGGAAUUACAAGGUUUUCCAAAUUUUGAAGAACUAGUCUCACUCAAAAAAUUUGAAAUCACAGAAGCUGCUGAACAGAUGAAGAUAAUAGAAGGCUUAGAAUAUUGCAGGUCAUUGGAGACACUGAUAUUACACGCUUGGUGGAAGGUACCAGUCAUAACAAGCCUGGAGAAUAUGGAGAGUUUGAGAAGUGUAGAGCUCUUAGCAUGGAACGACAUUUCGACAUUAGAACAUUGCCUUCAGACUAUAAAGAAAUGGCCAUCAGAAUGUAUAAUUUGUGCAAGCACAGCGUGUGAUGUGGAGGUGGCUCUGAAGUCUUUUACCUUCUCGGGUCUCACUUUAGUUGACUCAUGGAAGGGGGAGAAUACUCGUCGAAUGACUUUACAAUGCGGGCAGAGACGUUCUUCCAACGCAGCAGCAAUAUUGUGCUUUGUUAUAAAUUCUCUUUCCCAUUACACCCAUUUAGGCUCGUUGCAGGACGGCAUGCCCAGGUCGUCAAUGAUUGUGAAACAAGGGCAAUGGGUAUGGAUAGGUGUUUUUACACAAUCUUCCCCUUUGGGAAGAGAAGAGGAAUUUGCACUGCAGAAAUGCGGUAGUAUUCCGGCAGACGAAGACAUGGGAAUCUUAAUGGUGGGCGAGGAAGAAAAAGUAGUGAAAGCUUUUUAUCAAUUAUUACAAUAUUUGAGUAAAUCAGGUGACAAUAGUAUGAAUCAAUGAUUAUUAUAAUUUUUCAUUAUUAGUCCCUGCCAAUUAAUGUUUUGGGUUAGCUGUUUAGAAUUAAGGAGAUUUUAGUGCUCCAAUCUGUUGUAUAAGUUUUUCAAGUUCCAUUUAUAAAGUUUGGUUGUGCUCAUUGUACCUAUUGUCUAUAUGUCUAAUUUUCAACAAGAUUCGGUUA